UCUAGCAACAACGUGAAACCAGAAGAAUGCGUCAAACGAGCCUGGAUGGUUCUCGGAGAGUUCGCUGAGGCUCCUGUGGCCUUACCACGCUGUACAGUAGACCUGUAAACAAGACAUGAAGGCUGAAACAGCUGGCGCGCUGGUAUGCGCACUGGUUGGCGCCCUGGUCUACCUCAACACCGUCCCCGCCAAUUUCACCUUUGACGACAGCUUCGCGGUGGUCUACAACGGUGACGUGACGCAGGACAGCAAUCCGCUGUGGGGCCUGCUGCAGCACGACUUCUGGGGCCAGCGCAUCGCCUCGGAGCAGAGCCACAAGUCGUUCCGGCCGCUGACGGUGCUCAGCUUCCGGCUGACCCGCCAGGCGUGGUCGGCACUGCCGCAGCGCUGGCGGGCUGCGGUGCUGGCCUACCGGUCUCGCACGCUGCUGCCUAAUGAGGAGAACGAGGCCGCCAAACGCGGUCUGGACCCCCUGCUGUUCCACUGCUGCAACGUGGUGUGGCAUGCGCUGGUGAGCGCCCUGGUGUGCAGGCUGAGCUACUUCCUGCUGCUGCGGCGCUGGAGCCCCACCCCGCUGGUGCUGCUGGUGCGGCAGCAGCCGACACCCGCGGCGUCCCAGUCGGGGAGAGGCGCAGCGGAGGCCGGCGCGGCUACGCACCCGGGCGCGGAGGCGCCGGUGCCGGCUGACCCUGUGGAGGCAGCAGCAGGCAGACCCAGCGCCGGCGGUGCCCGGGGGCCCUCCAAGCCGGGGCUGCGCAAGCGCGCGUCAGGCCCGGCGCCAGCCGUCUCAGGAGCAGCAGUAGCAGCAGCAGUAGCAGGGGCCACUACACACGCGUCACUCCCGUCUCCAGGACGGACGGGUUCGGCGCCGUGUCAAACGGCCGGUGCUUCCGGCGCCCGCCGCUAUGCCCUUUCCGGCGCCGUGGUGGCGCCCUGGCUGCGAGGCAGCGACCGCCGCAGCCCCGGCUUUGCAGCCUCAGCCUCAGCCUCACACGAACCACCCUCCACAUCGUCAUCAUGUUUAGGAUCCCUGCUGCUGCGCCGGCCGCUGGUGCAGCUGCACGUGCCGGCCUGGUUCGCCGGCCUGGCGUUCGCCACGCACCCCGUCCACACGGAGGCGGUGGCGGGCGUGGUGGGGCAGGCGGAGCUCAUAUGCGCGGCGCUGUCCAUUCCCGCCGUCAUGAUCUACCUGGCGGCGGCGGAGCGGGCGGCGGCGGCGCGGCUGGCGGCGGCGGCAGCGGCUGGGAGGAGCAGUGGCAGCGAGGCCGGGCGUGGGAGAGGGAGCGCGGGGGCGCGCCACAGGGCGGCUGUGGUGGAGGCGCUAGCGCACUGGGGCGGUGUGGCGGCGGCGGUUUGCCUGGCGCUGGCGGCGGCUCUGGCCAAGGAGAUUGGCAUCACGGUGCUGGGGUUGAUGCUGGCGGCGGAUGCGGUGCUGGUGCCGCUGGUGGUGCGGUUGCCGGGGGGUGCGGCGCCGCCGCCUGGGCAGCGGCAGACGGGGCACACGGGGCAGGAGCACUCCGGAGAGAAGGCGGAGGAGAAGGCGGAGGAGAAAGUGGCGGAGCGGGCGGGAAGCGGCGCUGCUGCAGACGCUCGGGGCGUGCAGCCGACGCUGCUAUGGCGCCUGGUGCGGGCGGCGGUGUGGGCGGCGGCGGAGGAGCCCAAGUGGCUGCGGCUGUGCGUGCUGGUGGCGGCGGGGGUGGGCUAUGUCAAGAUGCGCAGUGCGGUGGCGGUGGACCAGCUGGUGCGGAUCUACAGGAAGGUGGAGAACCCCAUCCCCUUCUCCACCUCGCACACCGAGCGCCUGCUCACCACCGCGCACCUGCACGCGCGCUACGCCGGGCUGCUGCUAUGGCCGCAGCACCUGUCAGCGGACUGGUCUUUCGCCUGCGUGCCGCUGGUGGCCGCGCCGCAGGACCCGCGCAACGCCCUCAGUGGGGCGCUGUAUGCGUACCUGCUGGCAGUGGUGGUGGCGGCCGCGCCCUGGGGCGUGCUGGCAGACUGGGCGCGCGCCUUUGCGGCGGCGGCCGCGCCGGUGGUGGCGGGCGGGCCGGGCAUUGGGAGCGGCACCAGUGGCGGCAAGGCGCGAGAGGGGAGGUGGGGGCAAACGCGGGAAGAAACGCAGGAGCAGGAGGCGAGGAGGUGGGGGCAGCGGGAGCAGGAGCGGCGUCAGGCGCGGCUGUGGGCUGCCCGGUGGCGGCUGCUGGUGGUGGCGGGUCUGGUGGUGGGACCCUACUUCCCGGCCUCCAACGUGCUCUUCUACGUGGGCACAUUCAUUGGUGAGCGGCUGCUGUACUUCCCCUCCAUCGGCUACUGCCUGCUGCUGGCGGAGCUUGCGGCCAUGGCGCUGCACUGGGCGGACUGGGUUCAGGGCGGCGGCGGCGGCAGUAGCACGGCGGCUGGCGUAGACGAGGAGGCGGAGGCGGAGGAGGAGCUGGACGGGAGCGGCGCGGGCCAAGAUGGUGUGGCUGUGGCGCCGCCAGCAAGCAAUGCAGACGGCGGCGAAGCGGCGGUGGUAGCCGGCGAGGGCCAGGCGGCGGCGCGGAUCAAGGCUCGCGGCAGUAGCAGCAGCCGCGGCAGUACCACCACCAGCAGUAGCCGCCGGGGCGGGGGCGGAGAACGGGGCCGGGGGCUGGCGGGCGCUCUGGUCCGGCUGCUGGUGUACGGCUGUAUGGCAGGCACGCUGGCGGGCUACAGCUGGCGCACGUGGGUCCGCAACGCCGACUGGCUGACUGAGGAGGCGCUGUUUGAGGCCGCCAAUAGGGUGUGUGGUGACUCCGCGAAGGUGCAGCUCAACAUGGGCAUUCUCAUGCGCCGCAAGGGCGACCAGGCCGCGGCGCUAGCUCACUUCCGGCGGGCUCGGGCCAUUGAGCCGGGCUACUGCGAGCCAGCCUACUGGAUCGGCGUCACACUCAUUAACAUGGGCCAACCCGAGGGCGGACUAUCUGAACUGGAGGCGGCUCUGGGCUGCAAGUACGUGGCGGCGGAGGCGGUCAAGUCGCUAAACACCAUCUACCGAGUGCUGCACAGCUCCAGCCCCAGAGACCCCACACCCGUCCUGCGCUGGGGCCUGCUGCUGCUGCGCCCCGAGUUGGGCCAGACCGCGGAGGGCUGUGACAUGGUGGAGCAGGCCGCGGCCAUGUACGCGGCGGCCGGGCGGCCGCAGGAGGCGGAGGGCGCACUGGCCCGCUGUGCGGACGCCGUGCGGCGGUCCCAGGGCGAGCAGCAGGGGGAUCGAGAGGCGGCGGCAGGCGGGGGCUCGGGCGCGGAGGUGGCGCGGGAGGUGUUCGGCGUGGUGGUGGAGGCGGCCCGCAAGAAGGCCCCGCCUGCCGCGAUGCUGCUGCGCUGUCUGGAGGCGCGCGCGCCGCUGUACCGCGCCCUGGCCCUGGCGCACAGCAGCCCCAGCGCCCUCCGCACUGGCGGCGGCGGCGGCGGCCCGCUGCACCCCGCGGUGCGCGCCGCGGCCUACAGGUAUCUGCGACGGGUGGAGUCGCUGCCGCACUGCCGCCGCGCCGCCGCCACCAUGGCUCUGAGCGCUGCGGACCAGGUCGGCUCAACGCCGCCGCACCUGCACCUGAUGCACAUGGUGCAGAGCUCGGACCCCGAGGACCCCUGGCUACAGGCCGAGUGGGGCCGUGUGCUGCAGGAGGUCGGCAGGGGCCAGGAGGCGGUGAUGCACUUCUCAGUGUCCGCCGUGCUGCUGCACCAGCAGUUGGAGGGGCUGCAGGCGGGGCGGCGACCCACAGCCCUCAGCCUGCAGGCGUACGGCAGGCAGUCGGAGGAGGGCGAGGAGGAGGGCGAGGAGCAGAGAGAGCAGGCGGAGGCUGGGGAGCAGGCGAGGAAGAAAACGAAGAAGAAGGCAAAGGCAAAGGAGCACGGGAGGGGUGGCCAGGUGCCGCCUGAUGUGCCGCUAAGUGCUCGCGAGGCCUUGCAGGGCAUUGCCAGCUCGCUGGAGGGCGCAGCGCGGCAGCGGCCGCCCACCGCCUGCGAGCUGUGGGGCCGGGCGGUGGAGGCGCGCCGCAUGCUGGCGGUGCAGGCACUGGGGGCAGGCAACACGGCAGAGUACGGGCGGCAGCAGGCGGCGCUGGUGGCGGCGGUUGGGGAGCUGCAGGGGCUGACGGGGGCGACGGGCGCGGCGCAGCCGCAGUGCGCGGCGGCGCUGAGUGCGGCUAUGGGGCUGGGUGGUGGGGCUGGGUAGCGGUUGAGAUGGUGGUGGUUGUGAUGGCGAUGAGCUGGGCUGCAACAUCAGGCGCAGGCACGGGUGCACAACCCGAGUGCACGGGUGGAUGCGAAGUGGAGGAGUUCAUCGAGAGACCUAAUAUGUUCGUGGUAUCGAAGCGCCCUUUCCAGCGCCGUUAGUGGCAGUCUGGGUGGCUUGGGGCAAGGUCUGUUGGCAAUGCUAGGGGCCCGGGGCACUGAGUACUCGUGGCAGGAGACUUGCUCCUGACUCAGCCAGCAUAACCCACUGCGGAAACCCUGUACGUCAUCCCGGGGGCGUGUCGAAUGGCCGAGUUUGCUGUCGGCGGGAUGGGAGCUAAGGCAAUGGGCAUGCCUGUCACGCGGGCUCGCCGGGGUCGUGGUCGGCGGGCAGGGGGAUGGGGACUGGCCGAGUGGCCGGGUCGGGGUGUGCUCGGGCAUGGGCCGAACGUGCAUUUAGCCUC